AUGUGUUUCUUUAUAUGUAUUUUAUUUUCAUAUAAUUUUAGUUUAUCCAAGCUAUGAUCCUAAGAAAGAGUUCGUUUUUGUAAUGAAUAGAAAUUAAUUGCAGUUAAGCUAGAUGGAUUAUCAAAAAAAUCAAUUUUCUAAUAUUUAGUUUCAUUAUACUGUAAUUUUUUAAUAACACAGUCUUCUCAUGGGAAUAGGAUAGCUUGGAAAAUGUUUAUAAAUACUAAUAUUUGCAAAUAGAACAUUUGCCAAUAUGAAUUUCUUUGACCUUCCUAAAGUGCAAAGUGCUUAAGCAAGCUAAUUAGUUAUUUCUCCCUUGAACAAAUCGUUCACAUAUUACAAUUUCUCUAAAAUUCAAGUUAUUAAAUUAACAAUUAUCCUUUCCAAAAAAUGA